CAAAAGAUCACACAUCAUUGAUCCGAGGGUCUUCCCACAAGCUGUGUCUGAAUCAACAGAUUAUUUUGAUUUUCAACGUCUUCUAGUGAGAAUUGAGAAAAAUUUUUGUGAGAGGAAACGUGGGUUGUAGAAGCCGACCGUGUAGGUUUAGAUUGAUACGACAAGAAAAAGAAAAAAUACUUACGAGGGAAAAACUACACUCUGGUCGUGACGCCAGAGUUAUUAGAUAGCCUUAAUUUCAUCAGCUGCAAUGUUGGAGUUAAUUCGUCUCUUCCAGCAACCAUCGUUGGUGGUGUCAACGGCCGCGGCACUGGGAACUUUCAUCGUUUUUAACCAACACGUAACGCUGUCAAUCAUGCUGACGAUUUUUUUCCAGUUCUUCUUAUGGCAAAAUUUUUGCCAAUUGCCAUAUUUCUGAGACGAUAGUGAUUUUCUUUGAUUUUGUGGACAACUGCAACUAGCAGAGUUCAGCAUCUGAAUCGGGAGUGGACAUCAUCAAGGAAUAACCUGUUUAAACCUAACAUGAAAUUCUAAUGUAAACCCAUCUGUUUAUCUAUCCAGCUGGCUGGGUCUACGCAUCGAAAUGGCACGCGCUCUUCGGCGAGGGUUCAGUCGCGGCCAUGUGCCUCCUGGUGACAAUCCAAAAAACGAUCAUCCCGCUAUUGUUGCUGCAAUAUAUUCAGGUAAUAUAAUUAAUUAGAUUUUUUCGCUCCCAAUGGGAAUGGAUUGAAAAAAAAGCCAAGCAGAAGCACCUGCCCAAAAUGAGUCGAGGCUUGUGAAGAUUGGCUGCACUUAUAUAAUUUAUCUACUUCUUUCUCAGGUACAAGAAAGAAUGCACAACUAGUAGUUAUGACAUAGAAUAUACUAACUAAGCACAUCCCGAUCGUUGCAUAUUGAUUCUUCGAAUUGAAGUCCGUACGUAUCAGGUACCGAAUAUCGGCGCUUACACUGAUAAUUUUGCAGUUAUUGCCGCGUCUUAUGUGGUUGGUGCAGGUUUGAUCAGUUUUGGCGUCUGGUUGCAAAGCCAUGUGUAUGCAAAGCUUGGCAGGGAUGGAGUCUACUACGGAUUCAAAUUUGGUAAUCAACUUAAAUUUUUGAACCAACUUUCGAUUCAUGGAGGCAAUUUUUCACAAACUAGUUCAAACAUUAAUACAACUGCUACUGACUACCUCGAUAACUCAAAUUCUUGACAUGAUAGCUUUCAUUUUCAAGAAAACUUUCUUGAGUUCUUAUGGACCGUAUGGAUGUUCGCCUUCGGGCUCUUCUCUAUACAGUUUUCGAUCUUUAAAAAAAAUGAUACCACCAGGCAAGAGCAUCCCGUGGGUUUCGGAUUUCCCGUUUGAUACCUUCCGCCAUCCGCAAUACACGGGCGCUUUUUCGAUCUAUCUCGGCUUUUGUAUCUGUUUGGGCCCAUCGAUUCCAGUGAUGCUGUGCGCGGUCGCACAGGCUUGGGGAUACAUCUUCACAUCGCACAUGGAAUCAUCAUCUGACCAGGACUCCAGUGAGUCGCCAAAGAAGACGGAGUAAAGAAGAAGAAGAUGAAUAAGGUGCAUAGCAUGGAAAUACACAAGUUCUUGUUUCAACAUACUUCCACGCAAACACGUCUAAGUAACACGUACAUCACAGAUACAACUCAUGUAUCCUACAAGAACAUGUGAUACGCGACGCAGAUUCACAAAAUAGUAGACCCGCCUUUACUCAUAGCUGCUGGUUCUACAAUGUUGCAUUUCACCUAUCAUCAAAAUCAUCGCAGUCCACGACAGCUCCAUUUAUAGGCGCCAAUCUUCUUUGACACCGAGCACGAUGUUGUGGAAUUCAUCGCAGUGUUUUGAUCUACCAGCAAAAAUGCGAAGUUGUUGUGCUUAAGACUUAAGAGUAGCCAUCAGGUACAUUCAUUAGAUUAGGGAAUAAAAGCAAAGAACUUACAAGAACAAAGAAGGGUAUGAACAAAAAUUCUCUUGAUGUCCGCAUUCAACUUCGAAGAAUGCCCUAACUGACUCGACGCAAGCAAUUCAACCACUCGCGACCGGAAAAACAAGGAAUAGGAAAAGCAG